CGCGAAACGACGUAAGUAAUUUAUAGGAAAAAAAAGCAAGUAGCUGCUAGCUAAUGGCAAGCUUAUUUCCGUUCACAGAAGUUCCGCGAAUACGUACUGUAAGAUCAUGGCAAUUCGAUCUUCUUGUGUAUGAUAGUAAUUUGUGCGCUGGCAAUAUUGGAUCUUUGAUAAUCUGAUCGCGGCGCGUUUUGGUGAAAAAAGAGAUGCUUACGUUUUUACCCAAAAGAUAAGCCCAACUGAUGACGAACUAAAAAACAACGGGGAUUUUCUCUAAGAAUCCGCAAAUUCACUUUAUUUCUCGCGUGAGCACGUAUACUGCUUGCUUUUAUUGUUUCUCGACUUGUACAAUCUACUAGUACUACGCAUUGCAUUGUGUGUCUGUUUCGCUCUUGAUCCACCCCUUCUAGAGCGUCAAUCGAUCUCAAACUGCAUAAAUACUAAAAAAAACUUCAACAAAAAAAUUUUAGGGAGCGUGGUGCCACGAGGUAGAACUACUUUUAGUUCUGAGACCACCGACGGAGCUGUAUAUAUAAUUGCAUCUUUCAUUAUCUUUAUCGAAGAAGCCCGGACAGGUAGUUACUGGUUUACAGCAGCUUUGAUAAAGGAAAAAUAAGGAUCAAGAUGACGAAGCAGACCGGUGUGGUGGCGAAGUGGUUGAACCACAAGGGCAUUGGAUUUAUUACGCCCGACAGCGUGAAGGAGAAGGGCGACGCGGACUCCAACGCCAGCGAUAUUCUGGUGCACUUCCAGCACAUUCAGCAGACUUCUGAGGACGGUUUUAAGUCGCUGCAGGAGGGGUCCCAUGUUGAGUAUGACUUGGAGGACGACCCGAAGCACCCGGGUGAGAAGAUGAUCGCGAUCAACGUGACCGGACCGGGCGGUGUUGACUGCACCCCGAAGCGCAAGGGCGGCCAGGGCGGCGGCGCCGGCAACCCGGGGGGUAAGCCCAACAACAACAAGGGAAAGAAGGGAAAGGGCAAGGGAAAAAAGGGAAAGAAGGGCAAGGGCAAGGGAAAGGGUGGUUACGGCGCCAGCAGCAGCGACACCUACGAAGGCGAGGGGGAGCAACAGGAGUAAGUAUUUAUAGAGCUGUUCUUUGUAGUUCUUCUUGUCCGCAUAAAGUAACUACGUACACUGAAACUGUUUCAAAUACAACUAACGAACCUGCUGUCUGUAGUUGGCCAACGACUGCCGUGGUAGUGAAUGAUUUUUUUAUGAAGAUGAUGCUGUAUCCAAUGGGUAAAAAAUAAAAAACUCCUGCUCAUCUACAGGUACUGA